GAACGUACAGUAUACGUACUGUGAAAAGCCACCUCUUUAGUAAAACGGUACGGGAGCGUGACUGACAAAGCCGUUGGGGAGAUUUGGAUCUUUUUCUCGUCUUUGGUGUUUGGGGGUUGGGCGUCUUGAAAACAGCUUGUUGAUGGCAGCAUCAAUAGAAUUCUAGCUAGCUCUCGUUUUCUUUCAACAAGAUGAUGUCCAAACUGUUCAACUACGGCAGCACUGGCGAUGGAAGCAGCGAAUCAACUCCCAUCAUCCCCUCUUCGAUCACAUCCGGUGAUGCGCUAGAUCCCAAAAAGCUCUUGGACAAUGCAAAGAGCGAAGCCGUGAUCGCCGGUACUCAUGUGGUCAAUGAAUCCUAUAAAAAGAUCCAACGUUUGCAGGAGAACUCUCCCUUUUCCUUCCGCGUCUUGGCUGUUGUGGGUGGACUCGCCAUGAUUGUCUCCAAUAUUCUCUUGAUCCUGGGAAGGCUGCUUACAUUCAACUUCACUGGGGCAAUCAUUUCCUUCUACUGUGUGGUGUUCGGGGUGAUCAUCGUGCUUCUCGAAGCCCAUGUUACCACUAGCUAUGAUGAUGAAAACAGCGAGCAGUCAUACAUCAAUGGUCAGCGAUUACAGCAAAAUGUCAGAUACUAUGCCAAGUUCCUCGAGUUCACAUGGGGGAGAGGUUUGCUUUACUUCUUUGUGGGUACUUUGCAGUUAUCUAACUGGAACAUUUUGGAUGUUGCGGUGGGAGGAUUCAUGAUGUUUGUGGGAGUCACUGCUUGCAUUGCCGGGGUCAAGUCAGCCUACGAAUUGAGACGCCUCAGGGAAACUAUAAAAGAUGAGCAAGAGCUCAGAGACAUGUUCGACAAAUACGACAAAGAUGGCAAUGGACACCUUGGAAUGCAAGAAUUGACAAUGUUCAUCAAUGAGGCUGGCAUUCCGAUGUCACAAAAUGAAAUUACUAGUGCCUACAUGGCCCUCAACCGAAAGCUGGAUGAUAAGCUGAGCUAUGAGGAAUUGGUUGCGUGGUGGACAAGACCUUCCUCAGGACCGCUGAACAUUAGACUUUCGGUCUAGAAGCUCGAGGAGCCCCUGCAGAAAACAUCAGUUCCGGUAUUGUCACAUUGGUUUGUAAAGACAGACCUGAUUAGCCAGCAGACUUGGAAGGAAGAUCCAUGGUCUUCCCUCUUUGUACCCUACUAGUAUACAUUGUUCAUGCAAUAGUUGAUAGCUCAAUUUAAAAAGUUGUCAAUCCUUACACAGCUGUUGCUAAUCGCCAUAGCACGCCAGUACAAC